AUGUUUUCUUUUCUCAUAGUAAUAAAAUUAUUAAUGUUAAAAAUAUUAUUGGCCAAUUUAUCGGAUCUAACCCGAUCCGAACGUUAUGCGUACGCCUAUUAUCCGAGCGCGGAAGAAUUUGAUCAAGAAUCCCCAUUAACAUGGCAAUUCGGCGGCAACUUCAACAAUCAUCACCGGCGAUAUCCAGAGAGUUUCAAAACUACUUAUCAACCAAAAUUUCUUUAUAAUAAAGAACGUAGAAAAUGUACAAAAGAUUCUAGCGAUAGCAAAUAUAUGAGAAGAUUAAACAUAAGUGCUAAGGAAAAUCCUAUUAAUGAGAAAAUUGAUUUUGUAAUAAACGCAAGAUCGAAGCCAUUAAACGAAAAAAUAAUCGAAAGCAAAAGACAAGUUCCGAUGUAUUUUUCAAAUCCUAAAGACGGUAAAGUGUUUAUUAUCAGUGAAGUAACGAAUAAAAAUGAACAUAAUUAUCAAGCUAUCAAUAAGUCCUUCCCCAUAUUGAUAACCAAAGAACAAUAUGACCGCGAUCUGUUAUUGUUAAAGCAAACAUUAUUGAAACAAUGUCAUAGUAAUGCGUUUCUCGAAGCCUCUGAAAAUACAAAUACCAAGCCAUCGAUUAUACGUUUAUUUAAGCCUGCCGAUGUUAUAGUGAAAUCUCAGCUAACAGUAAACGAUAAUGAGAAUGUGAGAAGUGAGAUGAAAAUGCCGUUAAUAAAAAGGAAGCAAUCGUUGAGCAAAAUACGAAAAAAUUUGAAAAAAUUCAAACCUCCCGGCCGAAAGCCUUUAAAGCCAGCAAACGCUUUAAAUUCAAUAGUCAAUGAUUCUACAUUUUCGCCUAUUAAGACAGUAAGUGAAAUUAGCAAAUUAUCGACUCAACUAGAAAAACCCGUCAUUGACGCCAUCAUCGAAUCUACAGCGUACUCUAAGAUUCCUCUUACGUCAACUAAAGGUUUUAUGACCUUCAAUAGACAGGAAAUAUCUGAUAAAUUGAAUUUUAAAUCUAAAAUUAGAAAAAGAUCUGUCAAAGAACUUGAACCGUUGAAAAAUGACGAGUUAAUCAAAAAUUUAAAAAGAGAUUUCAAAGUCGAUCAAACCAAAUCUAAAGAUCUUUCGGAAAACUUCCAUAAUACGAUGCAAGGUCAAAUAAUAUUGUAUUCGGGUCAUCGUCCGGGCCUAGAGGAUGACAGAUUAGGCAAAAUGAUUGAAAAGCUUACAAACAACACCGACAACCUGAACAGAUUUUAUAAGAAUGCGAAUAAUCCACCACAACUUAAUCGUAACUUCGCACACUCAACUAUGAUCUGGGAUAGUGCAAAAUAUCCUAACAGUCUUUCUCAACUUAAAUUAAAAAGAAAAAGAUCAGUCGAUAAUGAGGAGAAUUUCUCGAAAAGUUUAAUUUCUUUACGAAAUCUCAAAAAUCAAACUGCGUUUCCCAAUCAAAAUACAUCGGAACACACUUCGAAGCAUAAAAGAAUAAAGAGGAAGAAAUUGAAAAGAAAAAUUAUUGAUCGCAACGAGUUUAGACGUUUGGGGAAUCGUACCGACGGCAUAACAACUGCUCGUGCGGAAGUAAUUCGACUUAAAGAUCAUAGAAGAAAUCAAUUAGAACCUGAUUAUUCGGAUUACGAGUCCGACGAUUAUUACGAAAACGAUCGCGAAGAAUAUGAAGAAGAUAAGAAUCCAGAUUAUUAUACUGAGUAUUCGAUAGAGGACUCACACACAGCUUCGGCGACAAUUGAAGACUAUACUGAAACUACUGAAAAAGUUAAUGUUACCGAUUCUCAGAUAGUUAAACCACCUUAUAGCGAGUACAUCGUAUCCCCUACUCGCAUUAAUACCAAGAGUCCAUCAUCAUCAUCAUCAUCAUCAUCAUCAUCAUCAUCAUUAUCAUCAUCGAUUAAGAAACGUAUACGGCGACGACCAUCCCGUGGUGAUUACUACGAUGAUGAUGACGAUGAUGAUGAUGAUUUUCCCAGCACUUCUUUGACUUCAAAUAUAAGCGGUUUCUUACGUUUGCUUUUCUAUCCCGUGCAAAUGGUCAUGUCUAACAUUAUGGAUAACAUAUCGCCGAAACGUAAUAAAGUUAACGCUGGCGGCUCUUCGCAUUACAUAUCAUAUCAUAACACCUUAAAACAACAAAGCAAUGACGAUUACUACGACGAAGACUCCGAUUAUGGAGAUGAUGAUGAUAUUGAAGAUAACUCAUUCGGUAAUUGGUUCAGUUCUUGGUUUAGUUUUAAUCGUCGUAAUAAAAAAAUCGGUAGCACUACAACUGCGCCAAAUAAACGAAAACCUAGUAAAACUUCAAGCAGUUGGCUACCGUCUUGGCUUAAAUUUGGUGGCAGUAAAUCGGAAGAUGAUUAUGAUGAUUAUGAAAAAUGGUUCAGUAGCUGGUUUGGUGAUACUAAAGUCAAAGGGAAUCGAAGAAGGCCAACAACAACGACAUCGACUACCACACAAAUACCGCAUGUACCUAUAUUAACGAUAGUCGAUCCUAUGAGAAAUCCACAAAAUUGGAUUGGCAUACUAACGAAUCAUAUGUUAAAUAACGCAACGACAACGAAUAAUCCUAUGAUCGAAGCUAUUAAUCGGAUCACAAGUACCACUACUGAGGAUCCGGAAAUUCCGCAUAAAAUCACUUAUGAUAAAUAUCAGAUAUGGCGUUUAAAACCUCAAGACGAUAGCCAAGUGAGAAUAUUGGAAGAUUAUAAGAGAAGUGAUGAAGGCAUUAAAUUGCAAUGGCUGAAGGGACCAAGCUUAAGAGGUCUAACGGAUGUCUUAGUCCCGCCUCGUAUGCUGGUAAAUUUUGAAGGUUCUUUAACUUUUGAAUCGAUCGAUCAUGAAGUUUUAAUAUUCGAUGUAGGCAAAGCUAUAGCCUAUGAAAAGACCAAAGAGGAUUCGUAUUAUUCUCAAAGUACAAAAAAUUUGAAAAAGCAUGUUACCAAACUUCCACCUGUAACGCCGAUGUCAUGGCGUAAAUAUUAUGGUUACGAAGACAUAAUUAAAUAUACUGAAAACAUGCGUUUACGCUAUCCUCAGCUUGUUGAUCUAUUACAUAUUGGCCGGUCAUAUGAAGGUCGUCCAUUGGUUGUCGUUAAAAUCGAAAGCAAAGAAGUGACAGCCGCCAACAAUGCGGCUGAACAGACGUUACAAAAAACAAAGUUAUCGCACAAGAAACGACCAGGUGCAGCGAACGCUGUCUUUAUAGAAGCAGGAACACACGGCUUAGAAUGGAUUGGACCGGCAACAGCAACCUGGAUUAUUAACGAGCUCUUAAAAAUCAUGAAAACCAAUAAGACUUCUGCUGUAUUGGGCGAUCAAAGUUUUAUACGCAAUACUACAUGGUAUAUAAUGCCAGUAUUGAAUCCGGAUAGUUAUGUCUAUAGUCAUGAUUACGAUCGUUUCUGGAAGAAAUCACGUUCGCUGCAUGUUUCCCGACCGACUGGACUUAUAAAUUCGGCAAUGACUUGGCUGAAGCAGAAAAAAGUUAAAGAGAAAAUAUGCUUUGGCGUUGAUUUGGAUCGCAACUGGCAUUAUCAGUGGGGCCGUAGAGGAAGUUCAAAGUCACCCUGCAAUGAAUUUUUUGCCGGUCCCGGACCAUUCUCCGAACCGGAAACUAAAACCAUGGCUGAAUUUCUUUUAGAAAAUCGCUCUCAAAUAAAAUUAUUUAUAUCACUUCAAGCCUAUGGGCAAAUUCUCAGCUAUCCCAUUAAAGUGAAUGCCAGCUAUAAUACCGAACGUUUAGAUGAUAUGCUUGACGUGGCUAUGGUGGGAAUUGAUGGGCUGCGUAAAAAGUUUAGUAAAUCCCGAUAUAAAAUCGAUACCUCUAACGAUCUGAUUGAGAAUCGUUCAGGUUGCUCUGAUGCCUUUGCCGCCUAUGAGGUGGGAAUACCGUUUGCUUAUACGUUACAAUUGGCGGAUAACGGUGUCCAUGGUUAUUUAUUACCGAGUGCAGCUAUUGAAUCUACUGCAGCUGAUGCCUUUGAAAUGAUCAUUAGCAUGUUGGAUUAUAUAUAGAGUAUAAAAGUUACUUGUUUUCUUCUUCUUCGAA